AUGACCGCCGCCCACUGCAUCUACGGCUACAUGGAUUACAUCCUGAAGGUGGGGGGCAUACACGUGAACCCGUCCUCCAAGAACUCCAUCAAAGUCCCGGUUCUUGACAUUGUCAUCCACCAAGAUUUCAAGCUGCUCAACGCCCUCGAGAACGACAUCGCCCUGAUUUUGCUCCAGUUCCCCGUGAAUUACUCCGACUAUAUCCAGCCCGUGUGCUUCCCCGAAAAGAGGUUCAUGGUGCCAACGGACACGGACUGCUGGGUGACAGGAUGGGGCAAACUGAAGGAAAAAGAUCCAAGGGAGGCAGCCCCCAAGUUGCUCCAAGAGGCUGACCUAAAGAUCAUCCGCCGCGAGAAGUGUAACGAGAUCUUCAAGAAGCAAAUGGACAUCCGGUUUGACAUGGUCAGGAAAGGGUGUGUCUGUGCUUACAGCGAACUGGGGAAGGACUCCUGCCCGGGAGAUUCUGGGGGCCCCCUGGUCUGUGAGUUUAAUAACACCUGGGUCCAGGUGGGGAUUGUGAGCUGGGGCAUCGGCUGCGGUCGCAAAGGUUACCCUGGGGUUUACACCGAAGUCAGUGUCUACAGGGACUGGGUCAUUGACCAGAUGAACCUGGCUUCCUCGCACAACUCAGCAGGCCUGUCCGCCCUGCCCCUGUGCCUGGUGCUGCCCCUGGGCGUCCUGGUGACCUUGUGA